AUGAUAUUUAGACAUUUUAGGUUUGACUUACAUGCACUGAAAGAUAUAUGCCCUGAACGUGAUGGAGAAAACGUUUGUCCUGCAUGUCCUAAGGUACAUAUAGUAAUUUAAUGAUAAAAAUCAGUCAACUGAAAAGUGCUACAUAAUUAACAUUACUGUAAGUCCAGGAAAUUGUUCACUCACCUAUCAUUAUAGAAGAUACAGAGGCGCACUCAACAUUCAAAAUUGAAUGCCUUUGUAAUAUUUACUAAUCUACAUAUAAGAAAAUAUGGAGAUAGCGUAGCCAGGUUUAGACAUAGUUAAAAACAUAAACGUUCUCUGACUAAAAUUUUUUAUUUAAAACGAGCUUUCGACUUCCUAACUGUAGUCUUCAACGGGUAGAUAAAAAAAAUAAAUAAAAAAUUAAAUAAAAAAUUUUAGUCAGAGAACGUUUAUGUUUUUAAUUAAAUCUACAUAUAGUUAACAGUAAGCUGUCCGUAAUAUUGGUAAUGGCUGGUGUCUGCUUGACCAUUGCACAGGGAUGAUAUACAGUACUGUAUUGCAUCAUAUACAAAACAAUUGUUAAGUAGGAAAGGUUGACCAUGAUUUGCAAAGUUGACAGAUAUACUGUAGAUCAUGAUAAGUUUACCAAGUAUUUUGUAUUUUGAUGAUAGGAUUAAUUUUACCUGACGUGAGAAUAUUGAAGCUACAGGUAAUUGAAUAUACAUAUAAAUUGAAUUGAAUAUAAUUUAAUUAUUUUAAAGGAGAACGGUGUUUCAUUUGAGUCUUUGGACGCUCUUUUUGGACUACCAAGAAAGAAGUCAUCUGGCUCUAGUGUAUUAGAACCUGUACGAUCUGGUGUUCUCUUCGCUGAUCAGCAAGUAGUGGAUAAUUUUGUUAACAGUUAUCAAGAUAAGAGUUCUGAUAGUGUAUGUUACUGUACUAAUUUGUUAAUGCAGUAUUUCAAAGUGAUGUUACAUUUAAUUUAACAUACAGUAUGUAUCCAUUGGAUUCCUGAAAGGAAAUUGAGAUAUUCUGAAUCAUCUUAUAUGAAAGGCCUUAAAGUAUCGUUCACAGGGCCGUCUGACAAAUUGUCCGAUGACUGUGAGUUUGGGUCGGACAUAUGUAUGAUGAUGUCCGAUGACCUUCAGUUCAAUUUGGCUUCGAAAUAAGUCUGAAUGACACGAAUUAAUAUCAGCACAAUGUUUUAAUUCUGAACGGUAAACGUUAUGAAAAUAUUAAAUAAUUUGCAUCAUUUAUACUUAUUUCCAAGCCAAAUUAACUUGCUUGCCAAAAACAGCAGUUAUUCAGUAAGACUUUGCAAACUUAAGCAAUAAGCCCGUCUUCCACUUCACCAUUUCGCUCGCCGCCCCGCCCUCGAUUGCAUUAAAACAACAUUUCCAGUUCACUUUUUAUACAUCACUCUGCUGGACUAGGUUACAUUUUGAUUUAGGUUGGACAAAGCUACCGUUCGGUCGGACACCAAUACACUCAAGUGUAUUGGUGUCCGACUGAAUGGUAGCUUUGUCCAACCUACAAAGCACAAAGCUACAGUUCAGUUGGACACCAGUACACUCGGGUUGGACAAACAAUAAACCUUAGUUUCACUUAGGUCGGACAGAAUGUCCAGUGGUUUCACUACGUCAGACAAUUUCACGAAUGGGUCGGACAAAUGUCCGUGACCGACCUAUCUUUUAAGGCUUGUUAUAUGACUUAAACAUUUUUUAUUUCAUGUACUGUAGGAUUGCAACAAUUUCUUAGCUGGCAAUGCAUUGCGAUCAAGCCAACGAUUUGCAGGACUGGACGAGACUGGGAUAUUCGGCAGGGCAUGCAGACAUGAAUUCCCGAAAGCUUUUGUGAAUUUAAAACAUGGUGGAAGGUACAGUACAGUAUAUGCACAGUACAACUGUUAUAGUGAAACUGUAUAUCCUCCAUAAUCAUUAUACAAUUGGGGCGUAAAAUAUAUGUUAAUUGCAUGAAAUGUAAAGUGAAAUAACUCAAAAACGAACUACAGUAACGAAGUUUAGCACUGCAAGAAGAAUCUAUCAAAUACAGCACCCUACAGUAAAGUCAGUAAGGGUGUAUGCGAUAAUUUGAUAACGCGAGUGUAAUAUGAUAAUAAGCAAGUUAUUUAGAGUAGAUUACUUAAUUGUACCUGUAUAAUGCCCAUGUUUCUUGGAUUUAGAAUUUCGUACGCUGUUUGGCUUAUUAACGACAUGGUGUCAAAAGCGGAGGGGACAGAUAUUAGCUACAACGUUUUGUAUGACAUUUCUUGUAUUCUCCACCGCCAGUUGCAGGUAUAGUACUCUCCCAUUAUUUUUAUAUAUGUUUGUGAACAUUUUUAAUUUUCCCAAGAUUUAAACAUGUCAAGUAAUACCAGCGAUAGAUGAACCAGUAAUCUUAAUCGAUAGAUGAAAUCGUAAUCUUAAGAUAAAUAUUAAUUCCCAGCAGAAAAUACGUAAAAGGGCCAUAACAAAAAUAUAGUUUAAAAUAAUUUAUUAGAAAGCUAACGUUUUGUCUUUAAACUUAAGACAUCUUCAAAGCAAUGACAUACAAAGCGGAAAACACAGAAAUAUGAAUAAAUUACAACUAUUUACAAGAUAUUAUAUUACAAAAGUAGAAAGAGGAGUGGAUCAGAGUAGAAGUAGAGGGACCAAACUGCCUUGUAAGUUGAGAGAGGGUUUGAGUUUGUUAAUGAGAAGACUUUCUCGAAUGAGGAGUUCGUCUGGAGAAUGGAGAUGUCAUUGCUUUGAAGAUGUCUUAAAUUAAAGACGAAACGUUAGCUUUCUAAUAAAUUAUUUUAAACUAUAUUUUUGUUAUGGCUCUUUUGCAUAUUUUCUGCUGGGUAUUAAUAUUUAUCUUAAGAUCAAGUAAUACCACAUAUCUCUAAAAUGUAUCUGUACUGUCUAAGACUGUUAUUAAAAUAUUACUUUCGUUUUGUUUAGAAUUCAGCAGAAUUCUCAGACAUUUUAAACCACAUCAAAUUUGCUAUCCCGAUAUUUCACGUUUAUGGUCACAAAGCUCAAUGUCAGGUAAACGUCUGCGCUUGUUUCGGACCAAUCAAACUGUUUAAAAAACCUACCAAAAGAAAUCAACUAAUUGUUCUUAAUUCAUCUAGAUUAUGUAUAGCCCUAGGCGGGUUUCAGGAUUUGGACUCACUGAUGGUGAAGUAAUGGAGCGUUUGUGGUCGUAUUUGAGGGGUUUUGCAUCAAUUACCAAGGAGAUGUCGCCCUCUAGGCGAGUUGAUGCAUUAACUGAUUGCUUGCUACAUUACGGUCGACAAAGUAAGUCCAAACUUGGAGAGAGGUUAAGGAGACGAAUGGUGCGUGCAAUGGAAUUACAAAAAACGGCAAUAGAGACGUUUAACGAACUGGUGGAUACUAUUCCGGGUAAUAUUUUAUUUAUUUAGUCAAGAGUGAAGAAUUAAUAAGAUUUAUUUAGUAAAUUGUUCACGCAGUCAAAAAUCCAGAACUUUCAAACUUUCAUUGAUAAAAUAGUUCACUUUAAGUGGAAAAUGCAGAAACUUUCACAUAUAUAGCAUUGUAUAGUUGGAAAUGUUUCCGUUUUAAAUUUAUUUUAUAUUAUAUUUUAUUAUAUGUUGUUUAGAUUUUGACAUUUCCCAAAUCGACAUGUGGCUAGCUGAGGAAAAGGAGUAUUUCUCGCAUAAACACACUGGAGACGAAGGUACAGGGUAUAUGUACAGUUGGUAUAAAAGUAAUACCCGGACACACACCCUGUACAGUACUGUAUGUGUAAUCCGAAAACCUGGAGUAGAAACUUCGGUCGCCAUUCGUGCAUUCAUAAUCAGUAUAGUAAAUGUGCAAUUGUUUACCAUAGCUGAACUGGUAGAGCGACUGGAGCUGUGGAAGGAACAAUAUUUUGGGAAGCUUCAACGAUAUUAUUGUUUAAGGUUUGUUGAUUGCACUAACAAUGUGAUGAUAAUAAACUUACCCGACACCAUUGUUUCAAUUCUUUAAAUCUGGAUGAUAUUAUUUUUAGGGAUGAAAGUGCUUUACAAGGCUCGGGAGAUGAUAAUAACAUCGUGGAAGAAACGUCUAAGUUAGUGAUAUUGAAAUUUAUUUUGGCAAAGUAUGCAAAUAAGUUUGAUAACAAAUGACAUGGAAGCCUGCUGCUUAGUUAAUAAUAUAAUAAUACUAUACUUUCAUUUAGAUUGGAUAAAGUACUUGUUGAAACUGAAAGGAAAUACCAGAUAGUUCGAUGGAAACGGUCCAAUCCAGAGUACCUCCACUUCAAGUUGUUAUAUCACCGUAUUCGCUUGGAAAGUCUCGACAGUGAUCUCACUUUGUCUGCCAGAGAGUACAAGUUUAUGACAGAGUUAAAGAAAAAAUAUGCAGGUAGUAAGUUUUUGUAAGGUUCUAUAACUUAUUUUGCAUUAACUGUACCAGGCCUAAAUUUGUAAUCAAGAAUUGUCACAGUAUUCCGUCGUUCUUCGCAGUUUUGUUAUUGUUUUUGUAGAAUUUCCAGGUGGUCCACGAGGUUUCACACUUUAAAGUUUCUCAGAGUGGAGUGGAAAUCCCCUACAGUACACACAGUACGUCUAUAAUAACAUAUUUUUUUAUUUUUAGAUGGUCAAGCAAUAGCAAAAAGAAUAGAAAGGGGGAUAAAAAAGAACACAAAGACUAUCAGGCGUUGCCUAAAAGAACGGGAAAAUGUUUGCAAGACCUUAAAUGAACUUGAUGAUACUACACAAUAUGGUAGUUACACUUUCAAUGACGUUGUCGCUUCACUUCUAUUUGAACAACGUCGUAUGUCUCGAACAGACGAUGAUGGUGCUGUAGCUUCACAACCAUUCCGGCAGCAAAUUCUGGACUGUCACCAUCUAGGAGAAAGAUGUUCUGAGGAAAUUGGGCUCCUCGAGACUGAGAUGAAAAAUGUCGUGGAAUUUUAUGUUAAUGACAUAAAAAUUUUGCAGAACGUUGAAACAGAUCUGUUUUCCAUGGGUGACAUUGCUGUUGUGAGACAGGAGCAAGAGCGACAGAAGAUCCGCCUUGGCAUUCUUAUGUCAAAUUUUCAACAGUUCAGCAAUGUACAGGAACUUGUUGGUGAUGAAGUACUAACGUCGUACGCAAUAACAGACGAUUUAGGAAGUUAUGACAGUGAUAGCGAUAUUAUUGACAACGAUAGUGAUGAUGAUAUGGCUACAGCAUUUUAA